UGACCUGUCGUUAGGUGCUGUCAAUGCAACCAUGCCGCUCACUAUCUUCUCUCGCAUGCCACAACUCAGACGCCUUGUGCUGUCAGACAAUCUGCUUUCCGGCUCCAUCACUCACCUCUCUCUGCCCUCCUCCCUGCGUGUGCUGGACCUCUCCCAUACGUCAAUCUCAGGCGCUCUGCCCUUAACUCUCUCUGCCCUCCCUGCACUCUCCUACCUAGACGUAUCGGCCACUUCGAUUUCUGACAGCCUACCAUCCACUCUCAGCCGCCUCUCUCUCCUCACAUACCUCAACGUUGGUGCAUGGAACAUCACUGGGCGAGUGGAGGACCUCUCAUGGCUUUCAAGCCUCACCAAUCUGCAUACGCUUGUGCUGGAUGGCCUUGGCUCUGUGACUGGGGAUCUGCCAUCCCUCACCUUCCUUACCACUCUUAAAGCCAUGCAAAGCCUGUAAGCCUUCGAGUGAGGAUAUUGUAGGUU